AUGAACAUCUCAUGUCCAAUUGGAUCCGAGAUCAAUUCGGUCUCGUUUUCAUUUUACCAGCCACAUGAAAUCAAGAAAAUUUCGGUCAAACAAAUUGUGAAUCCUGUGCUGUUUGAUGCUCUCGGUCAUCCAACGAAAGGUGGUCUAUACGAUCCAGCACUUGGCCCUUUCCAAAAGACACAAAUCUGUGGAACUUGUUCUCAGAGUCACCACAACUGCCCAGGCCACUUUGGUCACAUCGAACUUCCCGUGCCGACGUAUAACCCAAUGUUUUUCGAUAACUUGUAUGCCCUUAUUCGAGCCAAAUGUGCAUACUGCAACAAGUUCCGCAUGGGACGACAUAUGAUGCACAAAACCGUUGCGAAAUUGACGUUGCUUCAACAUGGUCUGAUCCGCGAAGCCCAGGCUUUGGAUGAAAUGAAUGUUGAAAGCAAAAAGACCGGAAAAAAGUCAAAGGAUGGCGAGCAUACUCUCGAAGACGAGGUGGAAGUAAACGGAAAGGAAGCCGAAGAAGCAGACAAAGCACUCGACCGUAUGGACAAGUACGUCAAGGAUUGUAUGGCCGAUACAGCCGCCCGCAAAUUCGCCAGCGACAACUAUAAAGUGACAGUUAUCAACGAUGCCCGUAAACGGGUCAUGAUGGAGUUCAUGAAAUACUGCGUCACGUCAAAGCGCUGCGGCAACUGUGGAGGCAUCUCGCCACCCAUUCGACGUGAUGGCGCUGCCAAACUGUUCGAGCUCAAUCUUUCGAAAAAGGACCAGAUGACAAUGCGAGCACGAGCCAGCGCUACUACUACGAGGGAUGCAUCGGACAGCGAUAGCGACGACGAUUCAUCCUCAGGAGCAAAGAAGUCAUCGUCAGCACUUGGCAGCCAACGAUACUUGAAUCCGAUCGAAGUACGCAAGAGCAUUCAGGAUUUGUUCCAGGAGGAACCAGAGAUUACGACAUUGUUGUAUGGCGCAAGAAACCCCAGCGUCCCAUCCCAAGUUAGACGAGCAACAUACCACAUGUUCUUUAUCGAAGUCUUGUCUGUUUCGCCCACACGUUUCCGCCCACCUUCGGUCAUGGGUGACAAAUUGUUUGAAUCACCUCAAAACGAACUCUUGAGCAACAUCUUGAAUGGCGCACAUCAAGUCCGAGACGUCUCCAGCAAUCUGCAAGAGGCUAGCAAAGAGGAUCCCGUCAAUAAGAGACAAGUUACGCGUCUUCAGGACAUGUUUGUCAACAGCCUCAUCACGUUGCAGCACGCCGUCAACUCCUUCAUCGAUUCGACAAAAAACCCGCAAUCAUUUGGUCAGAACGCGCAGCCACCAGCUGGCAUCCGUCAGGCUUUGGAGAAAAAGGAGGGUCUGUUUAGAAAGCACAUGAUGGGUAAGCGUGUUAACUAUGCUGCGCGCUCAGUCAUUUCGCCCGAUCCAAAUAUCGACACCAACGAAAUCGGUGUACCUCCCGUCUUUGCCAAAAAGCUGACCUACCCUGAACCCGUCACGGCACACAACAUCAAGGAACUGCGACAAGCUGUGAUCAAUGGUCCCCUCAAGUGGCCAGGUGCAACCCACGUCCAGCACGAAGACCAGUCAAUUGACGUACUUGCCAAUUUGUCGGUGGAAUCGCGUAUCGCUCUUGCCAACUCGCUGUUGGCACCACAGAGCUCGCAGGCAGCACAAGGCAGCAACAACCCUUAUGCUACGCGUACCCAGACGAUCAACAAAAAGGUGUUCCGUCACUUGCGCAACGGUGACAUGCUUUUGCUCAACCGCCAGCCUACUCUUCACAAGCCAUCCAUCAUGGCUCACAAAGCGCGCGUGUUGCCUGGUGAAAAAACGAUUCGUAUGCACUACGCCAACUGUAACACGUACAAUGCCGAUUUCGACGGUGACGAAAUGAACAUGCACUUUCCGCAAAACGAAAUCGCUCGUGCUGAAGCCGCCCUGAUCGCCAAUACUGACAACCAGUAUCUCGUACCAACCAGUGGUAACCCUUUGCGUGGUCUGAUUCAAGACCACGUUGUUUCCGGUGUGUGGAUGACAUCGCGCAACACUUUCUUUACCAAGGAUGAAUACCACCAGCUCUUGUAUGGAUCCCUGCGUCCUGAAGCCGACAAUACUGGCAACGGUCGCAUUUUGACCAUGCCUCCGACCAUUUGGAAGCCUGUUCCCUUAUGGACCGGAAAACAAGUGAUCUCCACGAUUCUUCUGAAUUUGACCGUUGGCAAAUCUCCACUCAACAUGAAGUCAAAGAGUAAGGUCCCAGGUCGCUUCUGGGGUCCUGAUGCUAAAGAGGAAGAAAAUGUGAUGGUGAUGGAUGGCGAACUAUUGAUCGGUAUUCUUGACAAGUCGCAGUUCGGCGCUUCCGCAUAUGGUCUGGUGCACUCGAUUUAUGAAUUGUAUGGUCCUGAAUCCGCGGGCAUGAUCCUCAGUAUUUUUGGUCGCCUUUUUACCAAGUAUAUUCAGUCGCAUGGUUUCACUUGUCGUAUGGACGAUUUGCGAUUGACUACAGAAGGUGACAAAUGGCGUCGGGAUUUGCUGACGGAUGGUCAAGGCCUUGGUCGGGAAGCACACCUUGAGUUCCUUGGUCUCACUGAGACGGCCAAGACGGCUUCGAAAGAAUCACUUAAGAAAGAAUUCAACUUGCGUAUGGCUGAAGUUGCUCGUGAUGAUAACAAACUGGCUGGUCUGGAUAACGCCAUGAAAUCCAAGGUUAACAAGCUUACAUCGUCUAUCACUGAACAGUGCUUGCCCAACGGCUUGGUUCGUAAAUUCCCUGACAACGACAUGCAAAUGAUGACGGUGUCUGGUGCCAAGGGCUCCAACGUCAACGCAGCCCAGAUCUCAUGUAUGUUGGGUCAGCAAGAGUUAGAAGGUCGACGUGUACCGUUGAUGGUAUCGGGUCGCUCUCUGCCAUCCUUCAGACCUUACGACACAAGCGCACGAGCCGGUGGUUUUGUUGCUGGCCGUUUUCUGACUGGUAUCCGUCCACAAGAAUACUAUUUCCAUUGUAUGGCUGGUCGUGAAGGUCUUAUUGAUACUGCUGUCAAGACCUCUCGUUCUGGUUAUCUGCAGCGUUGUUUGAUCAAGCAUAUGGAAGGUUUGCGUGUACAUUAUGAUCAUACUGUUCGUGACUCGGAUGGCUCGAUCCUGCAAUUCCAUUACGGUGAAGACUCGCUGGACGUCAUCAAGGCCAAAUACCUCAACGAAUUCAGCUUCUCUGCCCACAACUAUGAGAUGCUGUCCAAUAAAUACAACCCCAAGGCUGCGCUCUCGUCGCUCGAUACCAAGAUUGGUGAAGAGUAUGCCAAGAAAGCCCUCAAAAAGCCUAGCAAGUACGAUCCACCGCUUUCCAAGUUCAAUCCUGCAACUCAUUUGGGUGUUGUCUCUGAAAAGUUCGCAUUGGCCAUGAAGAAGUACGUUGAAGGAAACCCAGACAAUAUGCCGUUCGACAAGAACAGCGAAAUGACCAAGAACAAUGAACGAUUCGCAUCGCUCACCAAGGCCAAGUUCAAGGCAUUGAUGCACUUGAAAUACCUGCACAGCUUAGUCGAUGCUGGUGAAGCUGUUGGCUUGUUGGCUGCACAAUCGGUUGGUGAGCCAUCCACACAAAUGACGCUCAACACUUUCCAUUUUGCCGGUUACGGUGCUGCCAACGUCACCUUGGGUAUCCCUCGUCUUCGUGAAAUUAUAAUGACUGCCGCCAAGGUUAUCAAGACACCUACCAUGACCAUGCCUAUAAAACCUGAAGUAUCUCCCGAACAAGCCGCCGACUUUUGCAAGGUUGCUACCAAGCUCACUUUGGCACAGAUCGUGGACGAUGUUUCUGUUACUGAGUCGAUGACUUCCAAAUCUGCUGAAAACAACUACCGCCGAUCCAAGGUCUACACAAUCCGUCUCAACCUGUUUGACGAGAAGGAAUAUGAGGAAGAAUACCGAGUACAUGCCAAGCGUAUCAAGGAAGUCCUGGCGACUACCUUCUUGAAGCAGCUUGAGGAGGUCAUUCGUAAGGAUAUCAAGGGCUCACGCAAGGUUGUCAACAUUGCAGAACCAUCCAAGGUCAGCGACUCAAGCAAGGAUUCGGAGGAGGAUGACAGUGCAAAUGUUGCAGCAGCAUAUGAUUCCGAUGAAGGCGACCAGGACGCCACAAACACUCGAUUAGCAUCGAAGACAAAGGAGAAGGCCAGUUACGACGAGCCGGAUGAUGAAGAUAUAGAGGUGGCAGAAAAGUUAAAGACGCUCGAAGACGAAGAAGCUGAAUUGGAGGCAGUUGCACAGAGCGGACAAGAUGACGAAGAGAUGCAAGAGGCGGCUGACAGCACAGGGGAGAAGAACUGGGGUCAGAGUGCUAUCAACAAUAGCCAGUAUGUGACCCGAUGGGACUUUGAUGCCGAGAACGGUGCAUGGUGUGAAAUUGAUAUGAAGUUCCCCGCAGAUACCAAGAAGAUUUUGAUGGCGAGCUUGAUUGAAAAGGUCUGCCCUCGUGUUGUUGUACAUGAAAUCAAGGGUAUCCAGCGCUGCUUUGAAUAUCUCAACCGCAUCGAGAACGACACUUCGAAACAAUUACAAACUGAAGGUGUCAACCUUCGCGGCAUGUGGAACCACAGCGACUUGCUUGAUAUCAACUUCAUCGAUACCAACGACAUUGCAGCCAUUCUCAACACAUAUGGUGUCGAGGCUGCCCGUAAUGCCAUCAUUAAGGAAAUAGCUGGCGUCUUUGAAGUAUACGGUAUCAAGGUGGACCGACGCCAUUUGACUCUGAUUGCAGACUACAUGACAUUUGAAGGUGGUUACAAGCCAUUCAACCGCAUGGGUCUUGCAUCCAACACCUCGCCCUUUUUGAAAAUGAGUUUCGAAUCAACUUGUAAAUUCUUGACGGAUGCCACAUUACACGGCGACUUUGAUACGCUGGAAUCCCCAUCUGCGCGUAUUGUGAUGGGCAAGGUCGUCGAAGGUGGCACCGGCUCAUUUGAAGUAUUACAACCUCUCACCAGCACAGCAUAG